AUGUCAAAAUUAUUUAUCGGCGGCCUUGCAUGGCACACGGAGGAGCCGACCUUGAGACAAAAGUUUGAAGAGUUCGGAGUGGUGGAAGAAGCGGUCGUCGUCAAAGACCGCGACACUGGUCGUAGCAGAGGAUUCGGUUUUGUGCGCUAUACCAAUGAGGGCGACGCCAUCAAAGCCAUCGAGGCCAUGAACAACGUCGAUCUCCCCAGCUUCGACGGUCGGCAGAUCCGUGUCGACAAAGCCUCGGACACUGGCCCUAAGGGAGGCGGUGCCGGCCGAGGUGGUAUGUACUCUCGGGGCGGGUACGGAGCCAUGCCAGUCGCCGGCGGCCCCAUCGCCUACGGCACGCAGCAACCGUACGGAAUGCCGCAGGCCAUGUACCAGCAACCCUACGGGCGUGGCUACGCCCCGGCCGCGUACACCAUGCCCCCGCAAGCGUGGCCGGCGAACCCCAACCCCUACGGCUACCCCGACCCGAACCAGCAAAUGCAACAACAACCCCAGCCGCCGAACCCAGGCCACGGACAGGGCGGGUAUUAA